CUUCAACCGCCCCGCCGCCCUCACACAGGACCAAUUGUUGGAAUCUGCGGCUACAUAAACACCAAAUAUUAUUGAAAUAUACAUAAGAAGCUGUCACAGAAUGGAGAUAUUUUUGCCAAGUCCUGAGUGGCUUGUGUGAAUGGAAGGAAUAAGGGGCCCUUUGGAUACUGCUACUUUAUUGUUGGUGUAAGAAGCAUGGUGAAAGUAAUGAUUAAAGUCACUAUACAAACCAAGACAUCACAAGCAUAGCUUGCAUCUUUACUGAUUGGGAAGCUAAAAUUAUUUUCUGCCUGUGAAAGCCGGGAAAAUGUUCAGAAACCACUAUCAGGCUGUCCCAGCUUUCCAUGGAAUUUCUGAUGCCUGGCUGCCACUGGCUUGCAGGAUUGUGCUCCCCAAAGAUGCCCCAUACUCUCCUCAUGUUGAUUGUGGACUUUGGCAGUUUCUUGCCUAACUUCACUUGGGCCCCCCCAUGAGACCCAACCAUUCUCCACAGCACCAACUAACUUUUGUCAGCUUCUUGCAUCACAUUUUCUCAUCUUAUGUCAGGGGGGGCCAUUUGUUGAAAUAUUCAGUGCUCAAGGCAGGAACCCAGGAGCAAAAUGGAAGAUUUUUGGCCACCCAUCAGCUAUAUCAAAAGAAUACGACAAAGAACUAAAAGGCUUUGUUUUUGUACUUGAAGGAAACAGUCUAAUCAACAGAAUGAAGCUACCAGGGACAACCAAACAGACUUUGGGACUGGUGCAGAAAUUUCUGACACUCCAGAUUUUUGUGCCAUUGGGAAAAGACUUCUCCACUGAGUUACUGAUAACUGAUUUUGACAAUAUUAAAAGACGAUUGUAUUUGUCAACGGUCCACAAGGAGUUGUCUGUAACCCCUCUGCAUGCAAAAAUUCCUCUGUUUAUGAUCAAGCGCAAAAUAUGGUGCAAUAUGUGCAUUGACUUGGUAACAUUUACCUAUGAAAUAUUCAGAGGAGCUCUCUUCCGGUCUUUGGAUGGAAUUAUUAUUUCAGCUAACUGUAAGCUAAGAAAGAUCUUCACUUUAAAAUCCAAGCCGAAAGACACAGCCAAGGAAGAUGGUACGACUAUUGUCACACCUGGGCCAUAUGAGGCCUCAGAUGAUAUUCCUCCAACCUGCCAGCUCAAUUCUGAUGUCCCACAAGUUACACAAGUGCUGAAUAUAGAUGAAAUUCAGAAGCCAGAAAUAAAACGUAGGGAAAAUGCAGUGCAAGAAACAGGUAUCUUGGGUAAUAGAGGCCAAGGUAACAUAUGCAGUGGUAGAACUCAGGACGUAUCACAUAUUGCAUUUGGGUCAAAGAUCCUUGGGCCACCUCCAUCUUCAAACAGAAGAACAAAAGCAAAGGUACCUGGAAAGGUAACAAAGACCUUGGGUAGCAAAACAUCGCACCAACUUCAAAAUUCAGGAAUGCCAACUGAAUCUGUACCAGAUACUGAGAGACUGGAGCUACCAGUCUGGCCAUGCAAUGAUACUUUAGAUCAAGGAGGCAAAAAAGAUACUCUCGAAACAACUACGAAUGAAUUUCAAUAUGACCCUGAAAUUCAGACUCAGAAAAUAUCUUUGAGUGGAGAAGCAGAUUUUCAGCUCACCUCACCACAAGUACCCUCACCAGACAAGAACAGUCAUAGAAGAUUAUCUCUAAAAGAUGCAGCCAAACCCACAUGGGAAAUAACCAGUGAUAAAUGGGUGUUUCCAGAGAGGUUCGCUGACAGUAUUCAGUUGGAGAACAAGGAGCACUUUGGAGCUACUGGAAGUUCAGACUGCUGUAAUUUACCCUCAGCCCAGAAUGCCUUUGUUGAACAUCACAGCAAGGAAACAGCUGAUCAUCACAGCAAUAAGCAAGAGGUUUUCACAUUUUCAUCAAAACCUCGAUCAGCUCCUUACGGAAAGUCUCCAAAUAUAUCACUAGAAGGUGACGUUUUCCCGUUGGAAUUGGAGCUAGACAGUAACGGAGAACAUGAGAAAACCGAAACUGAAGAUAGCUUUGAAGGAGCUGACAGCAGUAAGGAGGAUGACAACAGUGAACUCAUCCAGGGUACUGAGAACAUUGAGAACAGCCACAGUAGACAAGGAACACCCGAUUCAGCAGUUUUUAAAGAGAUCCCAUUAAAUGAGAUGUCACAGAGAAAUGAAUACUGGAAGAAUAAGGAACACAGCAAAUAUAACUUCAAUGAGGCCGCCUUAUCAAAACCACAGAGUUCCACCAUGAGAAAAACAGAAUCUAUUAGCUUUCAGAAAAGUUUAAAGCCUAUCCUUUCUCUUUCUCCAAUUCAAAGUAAAUCCAGAUCCUUUAGAGUAAUUAGAAGUGUAUCUGAAGAAACUGAACGAUAUGAAGGAGUUUCAGAUCAAUUAGAAAGAUCUGUCAGUAAAACAUCUCUCAAGAAAGUCUCAAAAGGAAAUUCAUGUCUGACAGCACAGACUUGUGAGUAUGACAGGAAAAAGUACCAGUCAAAUAGACUGAGUUCAUCUGAACUACAGAUGUUGGCCAGCAUGAAGAGACAACAAAAUGAAGAAUUAUGGGAUGGUGGGAUCUCCCAUGGGCUGAGCACCUCACAGAUUGAUGGCUGCAAUGUCAACAUAAGUAUUGGCAGUGAUGAUCAUACAGCAGCCUGGAACUCUUGUUUCCCACCACCUGUCAGUCAGGAGCAUCACUAUCAGAAAGAAAUGAGCCCACUUUCUCAUUCCAACCCACGGAACUGGUUAAAUGUGUUCAGUCCCCCUAUCAUUCCUGAAAACCAACAACUAGAAGAGAACACUAAAUCUUCAACAAAACAGAGAACUCCAGGUGAAGAUCACCUCACUGCUGAAGAAGAUGAGGAAGUUUUGACUCUUUUGUAUGAUUCAUGUCUGAACUGUUACUUUGAUCCAAAUUCUGGGAAAUACUAUGAACUGGCAUAG